AUGUGGGCCGCUAUCACUCAGCAGGGAUGGACCGUAACGCCAGAGGUGAGCAUCCUCCGGCUGGUGUUCUGGAUCGCCUACAUGGUCGGGGUGGUCGUGGUGGCAGCGUACUCGGCCACCCUCGUCUCCUUCCUGACGGUGCAGGGAGACCACCUUCCCUUCGAUUCCCUGGAUGAUAUUCAGAGGAUCGGCAAGCAUCGUUUGGGAAUCCUCAAGGGCUCGGUUCUUGAGGAAUUCUUCAAGAACCAGAACUUCAUACAGUACUUUAAUUCGCUCAUCCUGCCCUACCCGGACACGCUGGCCAAGUCCUACAAGGAGCUGAGGGCGCAGGCUCUCAAGGACUCGGACUUCGCCUACGUGGGCACCUACGAGAUCCAGCGGCUCGACAGCGUGGGGGCGUGCACCUUCCGUUCCGCCCGCCAGCACCUCCUAUUCAACGACGGCUCGCUCGGCUGGCCCAAAGGCUCGCCCUACGUGCAGCUCUUCGAUCAUUUCAUCAGCAGACUCCGCGAGUCGGGCCUGCUGCAAAAGAUGUUACUCGAUUGGUACCCCGAUUCUUACUACUCGUGCCCAGACCAGCCUGUGGUUGCCUUAGGCCUCAAGCAGGUCUUCACGGCAUUCGUGAUGCUCGGGUGCGGUGCUCUGGAACAAAGUAGAGAGACGCUGGCCCAGUCGAAAUACCUUGAGUGUGAAAGUAAAUACAGCCUCUGUGGAAACAAGAACAGAAUAUCCCAUGGACCAUGA